AUGCGGAGAGGUGACUUUGGUCUGGAGAUUUCCCCUCCAGUCCUGCCCCCUGGCCAUGGUGGUGAGUUUUCUGUGAGCAGCCUUCCAGUGGCAGAGGAUGCCUACAGGGUGAGCUUGGCCAAAGGUGUCUCCAUGUCUCUGCCUUCGUCACCUCUGCUGCCUCGACAGUCUCACUCUGUGCCAUCAAGAUCAACCAAAAAGUCCCCAGGUCCCGUCAGGAAGCCCAAGUAUGUGGAAAGCCCCAGAGUGCCUGGAGAUACAGUCAUAAUCCCGUUCCGAGACGUGCCCAAGCCAACAGAGCCCAGUGAAAAUGAAGCAAAGCCUGAUAAUGAACCGAGCUGUUCGCCAGCAGCCCAAGAACUGUUGACAAGGCUGGGAUUUUUACUGGGAGAAGGGAUUCCAAGUUCCACACACAUCACCAUUGAAGAAAAAAACGAAACCAUGUGCACAGCUCUGAGCCAAGGCAUCAGCCCUUGCUCCACACUUACAAGCAGUACCGCGUCUCCUAGCACCGAUAGCCCCUGCUCAACCUUGAAUAGCUGCGUCAGCAAGACGGCAGCCAACAAAAGUCCCUGUGAGACCAUUAGCAGCCCUAGUUCCACCCUGGAAAGCAAGGACAGUGGAAUUAUAGCCACAAUUACAAGUUCAUCCGAAAAUGAUGACCGGAGUGGCUCCAGUUUGGAAUGGAAUAAGGACGGAAGCCUAAGGUUAGGGGUACAGAAGGGAGUGCUUCAUGACCGCAGGGCAGAUAAUUGCUCCCCAGUGGCAGAAGAGGAGCCCCCUGGGCCAGCGGAGAGUGUGCUGCCCAAAGCCGAAGCCUCAGUUGGAGAUGGUCCGGUCCCUUAUUCUCAGAGCUCCAGCUCGCUAAUAAUGCCACGGCCCAACUCAGUUGCAGCGACGAGCUCAACCAGAUUGGAAGAUCUGAGUUAUUUAGAUGGACAGAGAAAUGCUCCCCUUCGGACAUCAAUUAGGUUACCGUGGCACCACACGGCCAGAGGCAGGGCACAGGAAGUUAAAGCACGAUUUGCUCCCUACAAGCCGCAAGACAUUUUGUUGAAACCCCUGUUGUUCGAAGUACCGAGCAUAACUACAGACUCUGUGUUUGUGGGAAGGGAUUGGCUCUUUCACCAGAUAGAAGAAAACUUGAGGAACACAGAGUUGACAGAAAACAGAGGAGCAGUGGUUGUUGGAAACGUGGGCUUUGGGAAGACGGCGAUCAUUUCUAAGUUGGUGGCACUGAGCUGCCACGGAAGCCGCAUGAGGCAGAUUGCUUCCAACAGCCCCGGUUCAUCACCGAAAACUUCAGAUUCCUCCCAGGAUCUUCCUUUCACUCCACUGCUUUCACCAAGUUCUUCUACGAGUGGUAUCAAUGCAGCUAAAUCCCCCCCUGGGUCUGGGUCUGAUACUCCUGAGAACCAGAGACCAAGAGAGGAUGCAGUGAAAUACCUCGCUUCUAAGGUCGUGGCCUACCACUACUGCCAGGCCGACAACACCUACACGUGCCUGGUGCCCGAGUUCGUGCACAGCAUCGCUGCUCUGCUCUGCCGGUCCCAUCAGCUGGCCGCCUACCGAGACCUGCUGAUAAGGGAGCCCCAGCUCCAGAGCAUGCUAAGCCUCAGGUCCUGUGUGCAGGACCCAGUGGCCGCUUUCAAGAGGGGUGUGCUGGAGCCACUCACAAGCCUGAGAGACGAGCAGAAAAUUCCUGAAGAAGAAUACAUUAUUUUGAUAGAUGGUUUAAACGAAGCUGAGUUUCAUAAACCUGAUUAUGGAGAUACACUUUCUUCAUUUAUUACCAAGAUUAUUUCUAAAUUCCCUGCCUGGCUGAAGUUGAUUGUGACUGUAAGAGCAAAUUUUCAGGAAAUCGUCAGCAAGCUGCCAUUCAUCAAGCUGUCCUUAGAUGACUUCCCAGACAACAAGGACAUCCACAGCGACCUGCACGCCUACGUCCAGCACAGGGUCCACAGCAGCCAGGACAUCCUCAGCAACAUCUCUCUGAAUGGCAAGGCCGACGCCGCCCUCAUCGGGAAAGUGAGCAGCCACCUGGUGCUGCGGAGCCUCGGCUCCUACCUGUACCUCAAACUCACCUUGGACCUCUUCCAGAGGGGACACCUGGUCAUCAAGAGCGCCAGCUACAAGGUGGUACCCGUGUCGCUGUCUGAGCUCUACCUGCUGCUCUGCAACAUGAAGUUCCUGACCCAGUCCGCCUUUGAGAGGGCGCUGCCCAUUUUAAACGUGACCCUCGCGUCCCUCCACCCCAUGACAGACGAGCAGAUCUUCCAGGCGAUUAACGCCGGCCACAUCCAAGGGGAGCAGGGCUGGGAGGACUUUCAGCAGAGGAUGGAUGCCCUCUCCUGCUUCCUCAUUAAGAGGCGAGACAAAACCCGCAUGUUCUGCCACCCGUCCUUCAGGGAGUGGCUCGUGUGGAGGGCAGAUGGUGAAAACACGGCCUUCCUGUGUGAACCCAGGAACGGGCAUGCUCUCCUGGCAUUCAUGUUCUCGAGGCAGGAGGGCAAGCUGACCCGCCAGCAGACCAUGGAGCUCGGCCAUCACAUCCUGAAGGCACACAUUUUCAAGGGCCUCAGUAAGAAGACUGGAAUCUCUUCAAGCCAUCUGCAAGCCCUGUGGAUUGGGUACAGCACCGAGGGGCUGUCUGCCGCCCUGGCCUCCCUCAGGAAUCUCUACACUCCCAAUGUGAAGGUGAGCCGUCUCCUAAUUUUGGGAGGAGCCAACGUGAACUACAGGACCGAAGUGUUAAAUAACGCCCCGAUCCUGUGCGUCCAGUCUCACCUCGGCCACGAGGAGGUGGUCACUCUGCUCCUGGAAUUUGGCGCCUGCCUGGACGGCACGUCAGAGAACGGCAUGACUGCCCUGUGCUACGCGGCCGCUGCCGGCCACACGAAGCUGGUGUGUCUGCUGGCCAAGAAGGGGGCGAGGGUAAGAAACAGCCUUCUCCACUUAUGGAAGAAGGGAAAUUGCGCGCUGGUCCACAGUGCACUGAGGGGCCACGGCGACAUUCUCCGCUACCUACUGACCUGUGAGUGGUCCGUGGGCCCACCCCAGCCAGGCGUGCUGAGGAAGAGCCAGGCCCUGCAGCAGGCACUGACAGCGGCCGCCAGCAUGGGCCACAGCUCGGUGGUCCAGUGCUUGCUGGGACUGGAAAAGGAGCAUGAAAUAGACAUCAGUGGCACCGACACCCUGUGGGGAGAAACAGCCCUGACGGCUGCUGCAGGACGAGGCAAGCUGGAGGUCUGCGAGCUGCUGCUGGAGCGUGGAGCUGCCGCGUCUCGGACUAACAGGAGAGGGGUCCCUCCGUUGUUCUGUGCGGCACGCCAGGGGCAUUGGCAGAUCGUUAGGUUGCUGUUGGACCAUGGCUGUGACGUGAACCUAAGUGACAAACAGGGCCGGACGCCCCUCAUGGUGGCUGCUUGUGAAGGGCACUUGAGCACCGUGGAAUUUCUCCUUUCGAAAGGUGCCGCCCUUUCUUCUCUGGACAAAGAGGGUCUGUCGGCAUUAAGCUGGGCUUGUCUGAAAGGGCACAGGGCUGUGGUCCAGUUCCUGGUGGAGGAAGGAGCCAAGAUCGACCAGACAGACAAGAACGGCCGCAGCCCCCUGGACCUGGCCGCCUUCUACGGCGAUGCGGAGACCGUGCUGUACCUGGUCGACAAGGGGGCCGUGAUCGAGCACGUGGACCACAGCGGCAUGCGGCCCUUGGACAGAGCCAUCGGUUGUCGAAAUACAUCUGUAGUGAUUACACUGCUGAGAAAAGGAGCCAAGUUAGGAAAUGCUGCUUGGGCGAUGGCUACUUCCAAACCUGAUAUUCUGAUUAUACUUUUACAGAAAUUGAUGGAGGAAGGAAACUUGAUGUACAAAAAAGGGAAGAUGAAAGAGGCAGCCCAGAGGUACCAGUAUGCCUUAAGGAAGUUUCCUCGAGAAGGAUUCGGAGAGGACAUGAGACCGUUCAAUGAGCUAAGGAUUUCCCUCUAUCUCAAUUUGUCUCGCUGCCGAAGAAAAACAAAUGACUUCGGCAUGGCAGAAGAAUUUGCUUCCAAGGCUCUCGAGUUGAAACCAAAGUCCUAUGAAGCCUUUUAUGCCAGAGCGAGAGCAAAGAGGAGCAGCAGGCAGUUCACGGCCGCUCUGGCUGACUUGCGGGAAGCCGUGAAGCUCUCUCCCACCAACCAGGAGAUCAGGAGGCUCCUGGCGCGCGUAGAAGAGGAAUGCAGGCAGCUCCAGAGGAGCCAGCAGCAGAAGCAGCAAUGCCCGCCGCCAGCGCCCCCCGCCGACUCGGACCACGAGGAGGACGCCCCGACCCCCGGCCUGAGUGACUGCUUUCACCUCGAGGAGGCUGAAGAGGGGGAGACUUCUCCACAGGAAGAAUCCGUUCCCCUCGCUCCCAGGCCCCAGCCGCCCUCCUCUGCUCCCUCCCCAUACAUCCGAAACCUUCAAGAAGGGCUCCAGUCCAAAAUGAGGCCGCUAUCGCCACAGAAUCGGCUGGGGAUGAGCAAGCCCCCGAGGGAGCCGGUCGCUCAGCCGGGGCUGAGGGUGCAGCCCACCAAGCAGGCGCAGAUCGUGAAAACCAGCCAGCACCUGGGUUCUGGGCAAGCUGGCGUGAGAAAUGCUAGCUCGAAAACGCAGGUCUCUUCGCAGAAUCCUCCCCCGAGUCCCAUGCCUGGAAGACUCUCUGCCACCCCCGCCGCCGGAAGCAGAAACCAGCAUCUGGAGGGAACAGGCACCUUCCCUGCGGGAGCAGCUUCUAGCCACUCGGGAGAUCAGCUGGGGCCCAGCCCCAGCGUCCAGCUGCAGCCCAGUGAGGGUGAUGCUGCAUAUCCUCUACCGAGUAAGAUAAAAACUGCAGAGAGGCUUCUGUCUCGUGCCACCGUGGCUGUGGACGUAGCCCCUCUAAACCCAGGCGGGCCUGUGAGCUGCAGCGACGUGCGACACCCGGCUUCCCUCACCAGCUCAGGCUCUUCCAGUUCCCCGUCAAGCAGCAUCAAGAUGUCAAGUUCAACCAGUAGUUUGGCUUCAAGCAGCAGUUUUUCAGAGGGCUUCAAGGUCCAAGGACCAGAUGCUCGAAUGAAAGACAGGGUUGGUAGCCAGGCUCCGAGUGGCCCAGCUGAGCACAGGCCGCGCAGUACUCCGUUCAUGGGCAUCAUGGACAAGACAGCGAGGUUCCAGCAGCAGAGCCACCCUCCCAGCUGCGCCUGGCACUGCGCGGUGCCAGAGGGGCUGCCGACGAACAUGCCUUCCACGGCUGGCCUGCAGGCCUCAAGCUCUGAGAAGCCCUCUUUCAAACAAGCAGGAGGAUACAGUAGCCAAGCCAAAACCCGUUCUGUGUCUACUCUGGGUGGAGGGGUCCACAACGGGGCCCAGGGGAAGGAGCUAGAAGAAAAGAAGUGCCAAAUUCCAGUCCACUGCCAAGACAGCCGGAUAACUAAGACUGUUUCUCAUGCGUAUCAGGAAAGUCUCUCUAAACAGCAGUCUCACAUCAGUAGUGAAGCCCACAGGAGUCACCUCCCUUCAGCAAAACCAAAGCGAUCAUUCAUAGAAUCAAACGUGUGA